ACAGCCUCCCUGACCUGCCCUAUGACUAUGGCGCCCUGGAGCCGCACAUCAGCGCCCAGAUCAUGCAGCUGCACCACAGCAAGCACCACGCCACCUACGUCAACAACCUGAACGCCACCGAGGAGAAGUACCAGGAGGCGCUGGCCAGGGGUGACAUGACAACUCAGGUAGCGCUUCAGCCCGCGCUGAAGUUCAAUGGUGGAGGCCACAUCAAUCACACCAUUUUCUGGACGAACCUGAGCCCAAGUGGUGGAGGAGAGCCCAAAGGGGAAUUGCUAGAAGCCAUCAAGCGGGACUUCGGUUCCUUUGGCAAGUUUAAGGAGAAGUUGACAGCUGUAUCGGUUGGCGUGCAAGGCUCAGGCUGGGGCUGGCUCGGUUUCAAUAAGGAGCAGGGACGCUUGCAGAUCGCUGCUUGCUCGAACCAGGACCCCCUGCAAGGGACCACAGGCCUUAUUCCCCUGCUGGGGAUCGAAGUGUGGGAACACGCGUACUACCUUCAGUAUAAAAAUGUCAGGCCUGACUACCUGAAAGCUAUUUGGAAUGUCAUCAACUGGGAGAACGUGGCUGAGAGAUACAAGGCCUGCAGCAAGUGAGCCGCGCCCCGGCCUGGCGUCGCGUGGCCUGUGUGGGCAGCCGUGCGCCAGUGCGCUGCUCCGCCGCCCUCUUCUCAGCGUGGCUUAUCCAAGUGUUUGGGAAAUAUAAUUUAGUGCUAUGAAUAAUUUCUUGUAUUAAAAUUUGUUAUCAGACAAUUGUCUAGAAAUAUUAAAUGCUCUGUAUGAUUUUAGUCUUUUGACUGAACAUUUUCUCUCAAGACCUAAAAUAGCUAGGAGGUUAUAAUUGUCACAAAACCAUAAAAACAAUUCCCAUCGCUAUACUUUUGGGGGCUCUAGCGUAACCUUUCUAAACAUGUUUUAUUGCACUUAUAGAAAAUCUGGUCUUUGGCCCUUGUUGUUUGAAAAUAAAAUAUUCCCUUUACCUCCCA